AUGUCGAACAGCAGCUCCUUCAAUGAAUUCCUCCUCCGACCGUUUGCGGAAAUGUGGGAGCUGCAGCUCUUGCACUUCUCCCUCUUUCUGGGCAUCUACCUGGCUGCCCUCCUGGGCAACGGCAUCAUCAUCACAGCCAUAAUCUGUGAUCACAGCCUCCACACGCCCAUGUACUUCUUCCUCCUCAAUCUCUCUAUUCUGGACCUUGGCUCCAUCUCCACCACUGUUCCUAAAUCCAUGGCCAACUCCCUCUGGAACACCAGGUCCAUUUCCUACUUGGGAUGUGCUGCCCAGCUCUUCCAUUUCAUCUUUCUCAUGUCAACUGAGUAUUCUCUCCUCACUGUCAUGGCCUAUGACCGCUAUGUUGCCAUCUGCAGACCCCUGCACUAUGGCACAGUCAUGGACAGCAGAGCUUGUGUCAGAAUGGCAGCAGCUGCCUGGGCCAGUGGGUUUCUCUAUGCUGUACUGCACACUGGGAACACAUUCUCAAUACCGCUCUGCCAAGGCAACACAGUGGACCAGUUCUUCUGUGAAAUCCCCCAGAUCGUCAAGCUCUCCUGUGCAGACUCCUACCUCAGGGAAGUUGAGGCUCUUGCAGUGAGUCUUUGUUUAUUCUUUGCGUGUUUUGUUUUCAUUGUGCUGUCCUACAUGCAGAUCUUCUCUGCUGUGCUGAGGAUCCCCUCUGAGCAGGGCCGACACAAAGCCUUUUCCAUGUGCCUCCCGCAUCUGGCCGUGGUCUCCCUCUUUGUCAGCACUGUCAUGUUUACAUACCUGAAGCCCCCCACCAUCUCCUCCCCAGUUCUGGAUCUGGUGUUGGCUGUUCUGUACUCGGUGGUACCUCCAACAGUGAAUCCUCUCAUCUACAGCAUGAGGAACAAGGAACUCAAAGAUACACUGAAAAAACUCCUUCGAUGGGUAAAAUGUCAGCACCAAUAA